UCGGCGACAGCCCGCGGCCCCCCGCCGGGACACCGAUAACGGGGCCACUUUCCCCCGCUGGGACGCCCUGUCAGCCCGACCGUCCCCACCGCCCGAAGAGCUGGCGCCGUCAUGAGGCAGACACUUCGCGGAUCGACCCUUUUGGGCGCCCCUCAGUCCCCUACCCCCACCUCCGCCCAAGUUCUGACCCUGGGCAGACAGGUGGUGUUUGGACACUAGGCCAUGUGCCUCGGUGGAAGUCAGUCCUUUCUCCACUGCUCUGCACCCGCAGCAACACUCACCACACCCUUGUUUUGAGACUCUCGCUGAGUCAGUCCAGCAGCAGUCGGCGGACGGGCAUUUGGAAGCCACUGGACCUAAGAACUCCCGAGGCCCCCUCCAGCUCUGACAGCCUCCCUUGCCAGCGUCUCACCAUGGGGGACAUGAAAACUCCAGAUUUUGAUGACCUUCUGGCUGCCUUCGACAUCCCAGACCCCACCAGCCUCGAUGCCAAGGAGGCCAUCCAGACCCCCAGUGAGGAGAGUGAGAGUCCCCUCAAACCUCCUGGCAUGUGUAUGGAUGACAGUGUGCCCUUGUCUCACGCGGGGGCAGCUGCAGAUGUGCCGGCCGUGAGUGUCAUUGUCAAGAACACCAGCCGCCAGGAGUCGUUGGAGGCGGAGAAAGACCACAUCACUCCCAGCCUCCUCCACAAUGGCUUCCGGGGCUCGGACCUGCCUCCAGAUGCCCACAGCCUGGGCCACAACUGUGGGAAGUUUGAUUCCACUUUCAUGAACGGAGACAGUGCCAGGAGUUUCCCGGGCAAGCUGGAGCCUUCCAAGUCAGAGCCGCUUCCGACCUUUAACCAGUUCAGUCCGAUCUCCAGCCCGGAACCCGAGGAUGCCAUCAAAGAUAACGGGUGUGGGCUGAAGCCCAAGCACUCGGAGAGCUAUUUCCCACCCCCUCCGGGGUGUGGGCCUGUCGGGGGCCCAGUCCUGGAGGCUCUGACUAGGUUUCCAGUCCCAGAGCUGAAUAUGUUUGACCACUUCUGUAAGAACGAGCCCAAGCCGGAACCCCUGCCCCUGGGGAGUCAGCAGGAACAUGAGCGAGGGGGGCAGAAGGCGGUGGAUCCUCACAAAGAGCUGGACACCAGUCGCUUCUUUGGGGAAGCUUUGGAGUUCAACAGCCACCCUGGCAAGGGGCUCACAGCGGAGCUCGGUGCCUGCUCGUCUGUCCCCCCGAGGCAGCGUCUUAAGCCAGCUCAUUCCAAGCUGUCCUCUUGUGUUGCAGCCUUGGUGGCCCUACAGGCCAAAAGAGUCGCCAGUGUCACUAAGGAGGAUCAGCCUGGCCACACAAAGGACCCCUUGGGGUCCACUAAAGAGGGCUCCAAAGGCAGCCCCAAAAUGCCCAAGUCACCAAAGAGUCCCCGGAGCCCUCUGGAGGCCAGUAGAAAAAGUAGCAAGCCAUCGGACAGCCCUCGGAGCGUCUGCAGUGACAGCAGCAGCAAAGGCUCCCCUUCUGUGGCUGCCAGCUCCCCUCCAGCAAUUCCCAAAGUCAGAAUCAAAACCAUUAAGACAUCCUCGGGGGAAAUCAAACGGACUGUCACCAGGAUCCUGCCAGACCCGGAUGAUCCCAAUAAGUCCCCCGUUGGGUCACCUCUAGGGAGCGCCAUAGCCGAGGCGCCGAGCGAGGCGCCAGAGGAAGAGGUCACUGCCCUACCUGCAGUGGAGCACUUUCCCGAGGGGAGCACAAAUUCAGGGAGCCCCCAGGGUGACAGGAAAGGGGUGGAGAGCCUGACGAAGGCCAGUGAAUCUUCGUCUCCCAGCUGCAGCUCUGGGUCCCGGGUCCCCAAGGGGGCUGCCCCGGGGUCACAGGUGAGCAAGAAGCAACAGCAGAGCACCACCCUGCAGGCGGCCAGCCCGGCCCCUGCCAACCUCCUUCCCAAAGCCGUGCACCUGGCCAACCUGAACCUGGUGCCCCACAGCGUGGCGGCGUCUGUGACGGCCAAGUCCUCCGCGCAGAGGCGGAGCCAGCCACAGCUCACGCAGAUGUCGGUGCCGCUGGUUCACCAGGUGAAGAAGGCCCCGCCCCUGGUGGUGGAGGUCUUCAACAAGGUCCUCCACAGCUCCAACCCCGUGCCCCUGUACGCGCCAAACCUCAGCCCGCCUGCCGACAGCAGGAUCCACGUGCCGGCCAGUGGCUACUGCUGCCUGGAGUGCGGGGACGCGUUCGCCUUAGAGAAGAGCCUGAGCCAGCACUACGGCCGGCGCAGCGUCCACAUCGAGGUGCUGUGCACCCUCUGCGCACACACGCUGGUCUUCUUCAACAAGUGCAGCCUGCUGCGGCACGCGCGCGAGCACAAGAGCAAGGGGCUGGUCAUGCAGUGCUCGCAGCUGCUCGUCAAGCCCAUCUCCGCGGACCAGAUGUUCGCCCCCGCGGCCCCCGCGAACCCCGUCCCCCCCGCAGCGCCGGGCCCCCCUCCCUCUCCGAAGCACGGCCCCACCUCUGCCAGUGGCAGCUCCACCAUUCCCGCGUUGCCGCUCUACCCAGACCCGGUGAGGCUCAUCCGGCACGGAAUCAAGUGUCUGGAAUGUCAUAAGCAGAUACGUGACCACACUGUCAUGGCUGCACAUUUCCAGCGGACGUCGGAGGAAACCGAGGGGCUGACUUGCCCGGUGUGCCAGAUGCUGCUGCCCAACCAGUGCAGUUUCUGUGCCCACCAGCGGAUCCACACACACAAGUCCCCUUACUGCUGUCCAGAGUGUGGGGCCCUCUGUCGCUCUGCCUACUUCCAGACCCACGUAAAGGAGAACUGCCUGCACUAUGCCCGCAAGGUGGGCUACAGGUGCAUCCAUUGCGGGGUCGUCCACCUGACCUUGGCCUUGCUGAAAAGCCACAUCCAGGAGCGACACUGCCAGGUUUUCCACAAAUGUGCUUUCUGCCCCAUGGCCUUCAAGACUGCCAGCAGCACGGCGGACCACAGCGCCACCCAGCACCCCACGCAGCCGCAGAGACCCUCUCAGCUCAUGUAUAAGUGCUCCUGUGAGAUGGUCUUCAACAAGAAGAGGCACAUCCAGCAGCAUUUUUACCAGAAUGCCAGCACGGCGCAGGUGGGCGUCUUCAAGUGCCCUGAGUGCCCGCUCUUGUUCCUGCAGAAGCCGGAGCUGAUGCAGCACGUCAAGAGCACCCACGGUGUUCCCCGAAACGUAGACGAGCUGUCAAGCCUCCAGUCUUCAGUGGACACGUCCUCCAGCCGCCCUGGCUCUCGAGUUCCCGCUGAGCCCCCAGCCACUAGUGUGGCUGCUCGGGGCAGCUCCCUGCCCUCUGGCCGCUGGGGCAGGUCUGAGGCCCAUCGCAGGGCUGAGGCCAAGCCCCGACUGAGGAGCACUGGUUGGACCUGCCAGGAGUGCCAGGAGUGGGUUCCUGAUCGGGAGAGCUACGUGUCCCACAUGAAAAAGAGCCACGGUCGGACACUGAAGCGGUACCCGUGCCGGCAGUGUGACCAGUCCUUCCACACCCCCAGCAGCCUGCGCAAACACAUCCGCAACAACCACGACACUGUCAAGAAAGUCUACACCUGUGGGUAUUGCACAGAGGACAGUCCCAGCUUUCCUCGGCCUUCCCUCCUGGAGAGUCACAUCAGCCUUAUGCAUGGUAUCAGAAACCCUGAUUUGAGCCAGACAUCCAAAGUCAGACCUCCAGGUGGACAUUCCUCUCAGGUGAACCAUCUGAAGAGACGGGUCAGUGGGGCGGCGGAUGCUCCGGGCACCAGCAACAGUGCCACCGUGUCCGCCACCAAGAGGCACAAGUCCCUGUUCCAGUGUGCGAAGUGCAGCUUUGCCACAGACUCGGGGCUGGACUUCCAGAGGCACAUACCUCAGCACCAGGCGGACAGCUCCACAGCCCAGUGUCUGCUCUGCGGCCUGUGCUACACAUCUGCCAGCUCCCUCAGCCGCCACCUCUUCAUCGUCCACAAGGUGAGGGACCAGGACGAGGAGGAGCCCGCGGCGCCGGCGCCGGCGGAGGCCGCGGAGCCAGAGGAGGGCUCCGGGGAGGAGGUGCCCAUGGAGACCAGGGAGAACGGACUGGACGAGUGUGCCGGCGAGCCUUUGUCAGCUGACCCAGAGGCCAGGAGGUCACCGGGCCCGGCCCCUGAGGAGGACGGUGCCCAAGAGGCUCACAGUCAACCCCAGGCCUCUCAGGACCAGGACAGCUGCGCACUGUCCCCUCAGGUGUGACCACAGGCUGGGCCGUGUGUGCAGUCUGGUGGUGCCGUGGCGUCCUCCGCCUGCCACGUGGACACUGGGCAAUAAACAGCUCUGCCUGGUGUGUGUGGCAGGCUGUGCCCUGGAGCAGUGUCUGCCUGAGCUGCAGGUGCGGGGUGUGCCCCAGCCCCAGGAGAUGUGGGGUCGCCCAGGACCCUCACAGAUCUGAAUUCACUUCUGUUAUUUAUGGCUUUGUGCUGCUUCUCGGUACCCCAACUCUUGUCUGUGUCCUUCCCACCCCCGGCUGUUUCAGUGGCCCGACCCCAAUGCUGUCCACUCCGCUUGGAACCCCUCAGCGGCUGUGCUCUUCCGGGAGGCUGCCCACCUGCUGCCCUCAGCUGGGGAACUCCCCCCAGCUCCUGGGCCAGCGGAUGGCAGCUCUCUUCCCUGCCAUCAGAGCCUGAGGAGGGGACACGGGGGUGACACAGUCCCUCCUAGAGCGCUCUGCCCGGCCUGGCCUGGCAAGGGCCUUAGUCACCUCACCCUUCCUCCCUGUCUUCUCUGAGUCUUUCCCCCCAGAAUGUUCCUGGAGAAUUGAUUGUCACACUGGCUCCUCCUGUCUGUGUGGGGGAGAAACUCCUGCAGCACAGCUCUGUUUGGAAGCCGGGAGAGCAGGCAGGCAGGCAGGCGCCGAGAGGCAGACCCGCAGCAGUGUGUGUCCCUGUCUUGCGGCUGGCCUGCCUCCCUGAUAAGUGGGGUUUGGGGCACACAGACAUUGGGAUAUCUGUUUUCUUCCUCCUGUGCCAUUAGAGAGGCUGCUGCUCCAGACAGGCCAGCCCCUCCGCCUCUUGGCUACACUCGUGUUGCUCAGACUAUAUUUCAAAUAAAAAAUUCUUCUUACCAUGCA